UUGGAGUGUUACCCUCUUGGAAGUGACAUCCAAAGAGAUCCUGAACUCACCUGGAAGCAGCCUGUGAUUAAUGCCGUCGGGUUUCGUCUUUAUCUUUCCUCGGCAUGCUCCUCACGGUCUGGUCAGAUAUUGAGCGGAGCUUUCGGGCAAAAUUACGCAUGUUGCGGUUGUGGUGGCAGGCUGCCUUCCCCAUAUCUGUGUCCCCUUCUAUGGCUGCUGAUGACUACAACCCUGUCUCCCUCAGACACAAAUCCAAGAAGAAGAGCCGAGGAGGCAAUGGUACAAUGAGCAGACGGCGGAUCUCGGUCAAAGAGCUGGGUCAACCAGACCACCAGGGCUGGUUGUUCAGGAAGAAAGAGAGCAAAGGCUUCCUGGGGAUCAAAUGGAAGAAGUACUGGUUUGUGCUGAAGAGGACGGCUCUCUACUGGUACACCAACCAGCUGGCGGAAAAAGCCGAGGGCUACAUCGACCUCACCAACUUCAUGAUUGACAGAGCCGUAGAGUGCAAGAAGAAGCAUGCGUUCAAAGCCUGUCACCCACAAGUCAUGAUGUUUUAUUUUGCUGCUGAAAGCCACGAGGAGAUGAACUUAUGGCUGAAUAAGCUUGGGCUAGCCUCCAUUCAGUAUGAGCCAACAGAACGAAACCCUGUAACCGAAUGUUACAGUGAAGCCAGUGACCAUGAAGAGGCUGAAAGCACAGAGAUCCCCCCUCCACCAUACUCUGAACAGACUCUGCGGGACUCUGUGGAUGCAUCUGGUUUACCUGGUAGCACACAUCAGGGCACCCUUCCUCCCCCUUACUCCUCCGCAGUGCCCAGUGAAGCCACGGGUUCGCUCUCGUCACCCGUCAGUACGAUGACAUCGCAAAGCUCUGCCUCCUCGCUCACCAAGCACAGACAGUCCUGGUUGGACCUGGUCUCACAGACAUCUCCUCCCACCGGAGAAACAGCAGUGGUGUGCUCGGUGCAAGUUCACACACACCGGCCUCCCCAGGAAGAGGAGGAGGAAGACUCCCGGGCAUUGGGGUGUUCAGCUCCCCAGGACUUUUCUAAUAAGGAAAGCCCCCCUGCUGUGGAGGGGGAGGUGCAGAAGGACGUUUUAGGUGCUCAAGAUGAAGGGUAUCAUGCCAGAGGCUCAGAUGAGAUGGAGAAGCUGUAUAUUCAUCUAAAAGAAGCAAGCCUGUCGCCGAUGGGAGACCGUAAACCAUCCACAAAAAGAGAAUUCAGGGCGUCCUUCGUAAAACGCUGUAAAAACCAGGCUGUCAAUGAUAAACUGCACCUUGUCAGGACACUCAACAGCACAUUAAAGUCGAAAGAAGCAGACUUACAGGCAAUAGAGCAGGUCCUGUCAGACCCAGAACUUACCUCAGACAAGUUCAGAGUGUGGAAGGAGGCCAAUGCACCCUUGGUGCAGGAGAUCUGUGUCCAAGUGGACCACCAGGUGGCAGCAGAAGCCACAAAAGCUGCAGCAUCAGUCAAUGCUGCUCCAGUAGUUGAGACCAGUUUAUAAUAACAUGACUGUUUUUACUGUUUCUGGACUCAGAGAACCUUACACUUGUAUACUUUACACAUACUGCUGUUUUCAACUGAUACUACUGUUACAUCAUCAUUGGACUUUUAAGUGCUGUUCAACAACCAACAGGAUCAGUGAAGAAGAGUGUUUGUUGUUCCUAAAUGGCGACUGUGCAGACAUUAAUGAUUAGCAGGUCACAUUAGAAUGUGAAAUAUGUCUUAGUAUUACUUUGACUGUUUGAUUUGUAAGAUGAUUAAGUUUUACAAAUUAUUGUUUUUAUGUUGUAAUUCAGUGAACGUAUGCAUACCUUGUUUUAAUAUUUGAAUAAUGGGGUACAUUCUAACAAUGGACCCAUUGUUCUCGGCGUUGAAAAAGUUGUUUUUACAGUAUGGUUUAUCCAUUUUGAUUUCACCAGUAGUGAACAAAUUUUUAACUGCUUUGUCUUUUACAGGUGCCAUGCACCUUAAAAUGUAUUUUACGGUGACUGUCUUAUAAAUGAUUUGUUCAUGUUUUUGCCCUAGAAAUUACAUCAUAUUAUUAGGACUUUUUCAGAAUGAACACCAAGGGGCUACACUGAUGGAAUAAAUGCUCACAAAUCAUGA